AAUUGCUUCGCCUUGACUGAUGACAAGUGAGGGAUUUUCGCGCUCUUUCAUUUGCAGAUCAAUAACUUCACACUUCAAUUUAGUGAUCAAUAACUGGAAAUCUGUCCAUUGACUGAUUCUGAGACCAGCGGAGCAUCAUGGAUGUGUCGGAGCUGUACAGUUCGGAGGACGAAGACGUCUCUCUGACCGGAAGUGACUUUGAGUUUCAGCUAAAAACCUCUGAGAGGAAACGGAUCUCGACACAGGAGGCAACGUCUCCCAAGAGGGUUCAUCAUCCGUCAGUCAGCGGCUCGAGCUCCAGCCAAUCACAGACGCCGGAGGACCGUCGCCACAGCGCUCAGACGGACUGCCGCGCGGCUGCAUCUCACCUGUAUGAGGCGGUGAGGUCCGGCCGCAGUGCGCUGCUGACAGUGAUAGACGAUUGGCUGGAUGAGUACAGAAGAGACAGAGAGGCGGGGCUUCUGGAGCUCAUCAACUUUGUGGUUCAGUGCAGCGGCUGUAAAGGUGUCGUCACCAGAGAGAUGUUAAGCAGCAUGCAGAACGCUGAUAUAAUUAGUCACCUGACCAAAGAGUUUAACGAGGACUCAGUCAGUUAUCCGCUGGUGUCGCUCGGCUCUCAGUGGCGUCACUUUCGUGAGGGCGUGUGUGAGUUUGUGUCUCUGCUGGUUCGCGGCUGCCGCAACACUCUGCUGUACGAUGACUUUCUCUUCUCAUCGCUCAUUGCGCUGCUCACGGGUCUGGCCGACUCGCAGGUCCGCGCGUUCAGACACACCAGCACACUCAUCGCCAUGCGCUUGAUGUCGUCUAUAGUGUCCGUCGCUGCAGAUGUGAACGCUCAAGCGCUGAUGACCCAGAGACGCUGUGAGCUGGAGAAGAACAAGCCAGUUGAACACAGAGCCAUAGACAGAGUAGAAGAGCUAGAGAACUCCUACAGAGAGCUGCUGGAGCAUCAGGAGGAUUUGCGCUCUCUAAUGAGCGGGAUCUUCAAGGGUGUUUUCGUUCAUCGCUAUCGGGACAGAGUUCCUGAGAUCCGGGCCGUCUGUAUGGAGGAGAUGGGCGUGUGGCUCAGAGAAAAUCCCGUCCGCUUCCUCAAUGAUGAACACCUCAAAUACGUGGGCUGGAUGCUGCAUGACAAGCAAGCGGCUGUGCGGCUGCGGUGUGUGUUGACCUUACAGAAACUGUACGAGGAGAAAGACUUCAUCAGCCGAUUAGAGCUCUUCACCAGCCGCUUCAAGGAACGGAUCGUUUGCAUGAUCCGGGACAAAGACUCAGAUGUGGCUGUGGAAGCAGUGAAGCUGUUGCUGCUCAUUCACCAGCAGACAGAAGAUGGCCUGACUGAAGACGAGUGUGCUGCUGUCUAUCCGUUGGUUUUUGCCACACACCGAGGUCUCGCCUGUGCAGCUGGAGGAUUCUUGUACCACACGCUAUGCAGUGUGUUAGACGGCCACUCAGACAAACGCAGUGUUUCUUUCCUCCGUUUGCUGGCACAUUUCUUCAUUAAGAGCGAGUAUCACGAUCACACUGCGUAUCUAGUCGAUAGUCUGUGGGAUGUUGCGGGGACGGAGCUAAAAGACUGGGAUGUGAUGACAUCACUAUUGCUGCAGGAAGGUGGUGUGGAGGAUGAGCUGGAGAGCGCGAUGAUUGACAUCAUGAUGUGUGCAGUGAGACAGGCUGCAGAGGCCACGCCCCCCACCUCCCGCUCGCAGAAGAAGACUGUGACAGCGAAGGAGAAGCGUCUGCAGGCUCAGGAACGAAGGCGCAUCACUAAUCAUUUCAUCCCUGUAUUUCCUCAGUUACUGGCGAAGUUCUCGGCAGAUGUGGGGAAGGUGAGCCGUUUGCUCACCGCGCCGCUGUAUUUCCAGCUGGAGGUUUACGGCACAUCCGGACGCCUGGAGAAAUGUCUGGAUCUGCUGCUGUCUCAGGUCUGUGACAUCAUGCUGAAGCACCGCAAGGACUGUGUGCUGGAGGCUUGUGUGCGUGUGUUGUGUGCGUUGUGCAGUGAUUGUUACUCGUUCUGUGGCCGCGUGGAGAGAGCCGUCAGUCAGCUGCUGGAUUCAACCGUGGAGAAGUUCAGCACUAACGUGUCUGAGAUCCUGCAGGGCUCGGCUGAUGAAGAUGAUUUCUACGGAGCUGCUUCCUCUCUAAACAUUCUUGCCAUCUUCAGCAGUGCCAGAGAUAUGACAGGAAGGGACCUGUUUGAGUUCUGCUUUCAGCUGCUGAAGAUGGGAGUGGAGACGAGAGAAAUCAACGAGAAGCUGAUGGUUCCAGCUCUGAAGUGCGCAGCCUUCCAUCUGUUCUGGAAAGGAGUGGCGAUCACAAAACACACCGCAGCAACACAGAAGGCUGAACUGAAGCGUGUGCUGAAGUCUCUUCACUCCUUCUGUGUGGUUUGUCAGAGCUGUCUGUCAGUGGCUCAGAGUCGCAUCAGGAACCAGGCGUUUGUGUGUCUGUGUGACGUGCUGAUCGUGUUCGGCAGAACUGAAGGAGACGGUUCGCCGCUGCAGCGCUUCAGUCUUGAUGAGUCUCUCAAAGCAGAAAUGGCUUCUUUCAUCAUCGAUUACGUCUUCAGUGACGCUGACAGUGAGCUGAGCGGUGAGGAUGAGGAUGAAGAGAUGAAGAUGGCUGCUUUGCUGCAGAGGAGGAAUCAGUUGGCUGGAUACUGUAAACUCAUCAUAUACGGCGUCCUGGAGCUCAGAGCCGCCACAGAUAUACUCAAAUACUACAAUAAGUUCUACAAGGAUUAUGGUGACAUCAUCAAAGAGACUCUCAGCAAAUCCAAGAUGAUCAGCUCCGUGGAAAGUGCCAGAACUGUGUGCUUGUGUCUGCAGCAGCUGUUCUCUGGGCUCGAGCAGGACAGUCGUGAUGAAGAGUUGAUGGAGAUCAGAUCGCUGGCUAAGAAACUGGCGGUGAACUUCAGCAUCAACCUGCGUCUCGUCCGUCAGCCGCUGCUGGCGUUACAUCAGGACGGCAUCCGUUUUGCCUGUCAAGGGCUUGAUAAGGGCGACUUGAUGAAUCUGAGUUUUCUUGAGAUUCUCAGUGAAUUCAGUUUCAAACUCCUGCAGCCUGAACGCAAGAAGCUGUUGGAGUAUCUGCGUCACGUUUGUUCCUCUGUUCAGAACCGUGACUUUGUGAGGAUGUAUGAACGAUCUCUGACCUCAGGCUCGAAAGAAUCGCCAGCAUCUGCUGCUCAAACACCCAGAAGAAAACGCAGACGCACACAGAGUUCGGUCGGCGGGUUGGAAACUGCAGCUGUGGUUUCACACACUCGUCACGAUGACAUGGACGACAAUGAGUUCACAGACGGGUUCCUGAGGAAGAGCGUCAGUCGCAGCAGGCCGCGGUCCAGUCCGCUCUCGCAGAGCGUCCAGUCACAUCUCAGCUCACUCUCUUUGGCUCAUGAAGAUCAUUCAGAGGAGGAAGAGGAGCCAGAAAUUGAAGAUUACGAUGAUGAAGACUCUGAGAUGGACUUUGUUUUGCCGUCCACACACGGCUCUGCCAGCUUCCUGGAGGAUCUGUUCAAAUGAAACCAGGACGUUUGGAUUCGACAAAGCAGUGGAACGUUUUGUUAUUGCAGCUGUUUUUAGUGUUUUAUUAUUUCUGUGAAACAGCUGUAUGGUUGAUUUAUGUUCCUUCAUGGUUGAGAACCAAAAGAAAAACCUGUUUCAUUUUGUUGUUUGAAGUGUUAAAACAGUUUUGUUUUUUUGAUUAUCCCUGUUUAAAUAAAUUUAAAAAAAAAACAUUUCUCUUUCACGUAUAUAUUUUUUAG